AAUAUUUGCGUCCUUUUCGUCGAUAUUAUUGUAGGAUUUUUCAACAGGUUAUUUAUUGGAUAAACUGUCUUUCCUUGCAAAAGAUUCGUGAUUUUUUAUUUUGUCAAUAAUGUAAUAGGCAUAUAAAUAUGUGUUUUAGCCUAUUUUUUGUUUUCGAGAAGAUGACAACCGAAUGUAUAGGUCGAAUGGAGAGCUCUCUUGAAGGUGAUUUGCUCACUCCCACUUCAGUUAGUUUGACCAAUUUCCUAAUAAUGAUUUUCUCUCUACAAACUGACACCAUUAACUAUCAUUUUCUGCAACAGUAGUUGAAUUUGACGUGAUUUAUUUCCUGUGUGAUAUUAACACUGUUAAGUUUACGAGACCUUUUUAGGGUUCUCAAGAUUGCCUCCCACCCAGGUCCAAACACUUGCCAGCAGCUAUUUUUAACCAGAGAUUAAGUUCAGAAACAGUGAUACCCUCACCGUUUACAAGGAAAUGAGAGAGUUAUUGGGCCAAUACAUCUCAGACACCCUCAGCUAUGUCCACACAGUGAAGGAAUUCUGUGACAGGCAUCCAAGGUGGAUCCUGCAGAGAAAGGAGGAACAAUCCAAGAUGAAAAACAUCAAAGAAAUGGCAGACAGAAUCGAUCUUAAAUUUGGCCGAGUCUUGAAUGCAGAAGACAAGACCAAGGCAUUAGGAGAGUUCACGAAAGACUAUCUGACCCAGGUGACUGCAAACCGUAGGCUUAAGAAGCUGGAGAAGGAGCUGGAAGCUGUACUGAAGGACACUCUCAAUGGGCUGGAGGAGCUGGACUGCUUCAUGGAUGCUGUGGAGAGGCUGGUGGUCACCUCUCUGUUUGUAUUUGCUGAUGAAAACCGGUUGUGUCCUCUGCCUCAGGGGAGGGAACCAGCAAGUGUCCGAGCUGUCAUCACCUCCGCUAGAAUGACCUGUCCUCUCCUCAUCCACUUUAAGAGGGACGCUUCAGCCUUCUUUUCCCCAUGCCUCCUCAAUGUGGAGGUGCUGCAUGUGUACUUGGAAAAUUACAUACACAUCUCUGAGCAGCUGUGUGAGAGAAUGGGAUUGGGAAAAACAAAAACAUUUUGCAGAGAGAAGAAUGACAACUUGAUGAUUGACACCAGCACUGAAGUGAAUGAAAAGUCCAUGCAGACCAUGUUUAACCAUUUGCGCCAUUUGAGUGAUAUCAGGAUGGAUCAGCACUUCAGACUGACGUUCCUGUUCCAGGAGUCUGCCCUGCACUUCAUUGGUCUGUUCAGUCAGCGCCACUCCAGAAUGCUGGACUGUCUAAAAGAGCUGGAAAGGAGAGCUGGCAAACUAAAUAAGAUGAAGAAAGGGGGUUAUAUCUCCAGUGUGGUAGGCAGUGCAGUGGGGGCGACAGGAGGGGCUCUGACCAUCGCAGGCCUUUGUCUUGCCCCUGUUACUGCUGGGCUGUCACUGGGGCUCACCAUCGCAGGGAUUGGAAUGGGUGUGACCAGUGGGGUCAACAGUCUAACCACCGGUGUAACAAAGGUGGCAUUUAAAAGCUACCAAAACAAGAAAGCCAAUACAAUCUUUCAAUGUUUCUUGGAGGACAUGCAAAGACUCCAUGGUAGUCUGGAGAAGGUGGCCAGCAACAUUUGCCCUUUGGAGCCGAAGGUGGUGGCAUUAGUGGUUGGGAAGAAUAUAGGCAAAGGUGGUGCGAGUUUAGGAAAGAAGAUCAAUGCCAUAGUAAAAAAUACCUCUGCAAUAGAGGCCUUAAUGGGAAAAGGCAUGGUUAUGGGUGCAGGCAAGGUGGGACUCCAAGAGGGCAAAACAUUUGCUGCAGAUUUACCUGACAUUGGGAUGUUGGCACAAGGCACUCCACUCGCCCUCUCUAGGACAUUAAGGCAAUGCGCUGUGGCCUCAAAUGCCCUAUUCAUUGGCCUGGACAUCAUCACUAUCUGUAAAGACAGUGUCAGCCUCGCCAAAGGCAGCAAGAGCAAGAGAUCCCAGCUCAUCCGAGCCAGAGCAGCACUGUGGCGCACAGAGAUUGACUCAUGUCAGAGGAUCCAUGACUCACUGUGCCGAGGCAUCUGGAGGUUCAGUAAGAGUCAGCGAAUCCUGAAGAAACCAUUUUACCUUGUGAAGGAGUUAGAAAGUCUAGAGCCGCUUGUGGAGAUGGGACUCAUGGAGCAGCCUGCGAAGGAGAUGGAAACUCUUGGGCAGCCUGAGGAUGAUAUAGAAACUCUGGUGCCGCCUAUGGAGGAGACGAGACUCCUGGGGCAGCCUAUGGAGGAGAUGAGACUCCUGGGGCAGUCUAUGAAGAAGACAAGACACCCCUGGCUGCCUAUGGAGGAGACGAGACUCAUGGGGCAGCCUAUGGAGGAGACGAGAUUCAUGGGGCAACCUAUGGAGGAGACAAGACUUCUGGGGCAGCCUAUGGAGGAGAUAGAAAAAGGUUUUUGCGACUGGAUGUGGCAUUCGGGCAUGAUGUUGUUGCUGUUGCUGUUAGCAUAUGUAUGGGCUGAGAACAUUUCUAAGUAGUAAUGGAGAAUAUCAAGAAGUCAACACACCUGCCGUUUGGACUGCAUCGUUUCCUGUGCAUCACUUCCUGUACGACUUAAUUGCUUAACAUGUAGAUUUGAAAUGUUUACUGUGCAUGGUUUUAAAGCUACUUGGACUUGAGAACAGAUUUUUUAAAAUUAAAUGUAUUUAAGAUUAUUACAAUUUUAAUUCAAACUACCCCUUUAUCUGGGCGGUGUUCAUGUUGUGGAAUAGUCAGAUCUAAUUGGUACUAGUUGUCAGAUUCUAGAACUUUUCACUGUACAUUGAUGUAGUGUAACAAUUUUUUUUAGUUUCAAAAGAGUUUCAUCCACAUUAUAUUGUUGAGAAAAUCUAAUAGACCUACAUAGUUAUUUCAGCAUGGUUAAUCAACUUCUGAAUUGUAUAGGCAUGUACUGCCCUCUAGUGUAUUCUACUCAUGUGACAUGUCUUGGUGUUAUUGAUUGUUACUCACUUCAGUUAAGAUAUGUGCAGAUAAAAGUGCAUUAUUUUCUACUUUAGCAAUGUUUAAAUAUCCAUACAUAGUUCAGUUACAGAACUCCAGAGAUGACAUUUACAGAAACAGUGAUACCCUCACUGCUUACAGUAGACUACUAUAGCCCUACAAAUAUUUAGAUUCAUAACUGGAAUACACCUACUAUGAUUUGGCAGAUUAACUUGUGCAGAAAUCAAUUAACCACAUAGGCAAUGAAAAUUACACCAAAAAGAUCUAAGUGCUUUUGGCCAACAUUAUGAUCUACACUCAACGGACAGUUUAUUAGGUACACCCAUCAUUGUGCGUCGCAAAACGCCGAUCUUCACACCACUGCGCCCUUAUUUGCCUGUUUGUGGCCUGCCUGUUAGCUUGCACGAUUCUUGCCAUUCUCCUUCGACCUCUCUAUUCAACAAGCUGUUUUUGCACACAGGACUGCAGCUGACUGGAUGUUUUUUGUUUGUCGCAUCAUUCUCAGUCAAUCCUAGACACUGUUGUGCGUGAAAAGCCCAGGAGGGCGGCCAAUUCUGAGAUACUGGAUCUGGCGCGCCUGGCACCGACGAUCAUACCACGCUCAAAGUCGCUUAGGUCAGGUAUUUUGUCUAUUCUAACAUUCAAUCAAACAGUAACUGAAUGCCUCGAUGCCUGUCUGUCUGCUUUAUAUAGCAAGCCACGGCCACGUGACUCACUGUGUGUAGGAGCGAAACAUUUUCAUGAACGGGGUGAUGUACCUAAUAAACGGUCCAGUAUGUAUGUUACAGGUGUAAUUACAGAGCUGGUCUAAAAAAAAACUGCCACUACAUUACAGUACAGUAUUAACACUUCCUCCCAUUUAGAAUUGUAUGACAAGACAACAAAUAAUUAUUCUAUCUGAGAAUGUAAUUUCUGCCGAUUGUUUGCCAAUGAACCAAUCAAAAUGUUGUAACAGUAGUGACAGAAACGGCAAUAACAUUUAGUAAGUUCAGAUUUAAUACAAUAUUAUCCCAUCCUAAAAGCCAAUGUUAUAUUUUUUUCUACCAUUUUUCCAGAACAUAACUUAUACAUAACUUUAAAUUAGUUGUUAAAAAGACCAAUAUCUCAAUAUACAAUAAACAUAUUUAUCAUACAAACUCCAAGUGACGUUUCAAAUGUUUACUCAGGGAAGAUGUCCAGCUUAAUACAUACAUUCAAUACAGUGCAGUGUCCCUUUAAACCCUGAGCUCUCGUCCCCUCCAUUCCACAAAGACAUACUUCAGUACUUUUCCAUCAACCAGGAUUUCUCCAUGAUGCAUAUUACAUGACUUCUCAUCAGUCUGGAGAGUCCUUGAGUUAUUGGGAGUACACAUUCCUACAGUCCACUGCAGUCACCUAAAUAAUUGCACUCUUCAAAUACACAAAAAGCUUGAACCGAACACUACUUUCAAUCUCUAAGGAUAUAAAAUCAAUCUAUUCGUUCUAAGAGUAUAUAAUGAUAUUAAACAGUAAUAUAAAACAGUCAUUUUCAAUUAUCAGUGUAAAGACAAAGUUAAAGGAAAGUAUCAACUAGGGUUGAAAAGGGUCGGAAACUUUCCGGAAAAUUUCCAUGGGAAGUUAAGCCCGGGACUUUUUCUUAAAUACAUCAAAAAAGUUAGGUUAUAACAGUGAACCUUUUUUGUGGGAUACACAUAAGGCAAUUCUAGGUCUUGUGGCAUAUUUUAGUUAAA